UGUCUUCAGUGUUUCGAACACCACCGUUCUAACAACUUGUGCUGCCUCGUAUUAUUGAGCCACAAAUUUCAGAAUACACACAUUCGCAAUAGAAAAGAAUCCAAUACGUACCAAACCGCCAAUAACAAGCUACGCCGUCACUUUUAAGUAUGGAAGCAAGCAAUGGGAAUGAGGUGGAUGGGAAUCUUAGCCCAACUCCGGUGAAUACUGAGAGAAUAGCAAUUUUGGAUGCUGGAGCACAGUACGGAAAGGUUAUUGAUCGCAGAGUCAGAGAACAAUGUGUAGAAUCUGAUAUACUAGCCCUCGAAACCCCAGCCGCCCUUCUGCUUCAACAAGGCUAUAAAGCAAUUAUAAUUUCAGGAGGUCCCAACUCAGUGUACGCGGCCGAUGCCCCAUUAUACGACCCAGCAAUCUUUACCUGUGGUCUUCCAGUGCUAGGAAUUUGUUAUGGCAUGCAAUUACUCAACAAGGAGUUAGGUGGAACGGUGGAGAGAAAAGAUGUUCGCGAAGAUGGGCAAUUUGAGAUCCAAGUAGAAACGGAGUGCCCAUUGUUUAAAGGCUUAGAGACUCGGCAAAUGGUAUUGCUUACCCAUGGUGACAGUGUCGAUAAGGUUGCAGAAGGGUUGCGUUGCGUCGCAAAAUCUUCGCGUCACAUUAUUUCCGCCAUUGCUGAUACUGAACGCCGUCUCUAUGGAGUCCAGUUCCAUCCUGAAGUGGAUUUGACUGAAAACGGACGAAAGAUGUUGCAUAACUUCUUGUUCGACAUCUGUGGAUUGCAAGGAGGUUUCACUUUGGAGAAACGUGAGCAGCAGUGUAUCGAUUACAUCCGGCGUACGGUCGGACGUGAUAAGAUCGUGCUCAUGCUGGUAAGCGGCGGAGUCGAUUCUGCCGUUUGUGCUGCCCUUCUCCAUAAAGCACUUCUACAGGGUGACGACUCGUCGCGAGUGCAGGCCAUCCAUAUCGAUAACGGUUUCCUGCGUAAAGACGAAUCCGAGCAGGUCGUCACUAGUUUACAGCAACUCGGACUAAAUCUUCGGGUUGUCAAAGCAAGUCUGACUUUUUAUGAUGCUUCCACUAACGUGCAUGGUCGCCAAACCUUGUCCUUGUGUCGGACUGUUAAUCCUGAAGAAAAACGUCGAAUUAUUGGCGAUACGUUCGUCAAAGUGGCAGACAGGACGGCAAAUGAUUUGAAUCUCACUUGGGAUAAUCUACUUCUCGGACAAGGUACUUUGAGGCCGGAUUUAAUUGAGUCCGCAUCGCAUAUGGCUUCUUCGCGCGCUGAUGCCAUAAAGACUCAUCAUAAUGAUUCCGAAAUGGUUCGUCAGUUGCGUCUUCACGGUCGUGUUGUAGAACCUCUUAAAGACUUCCAUAAAGAUGAAGUAAGAGCUUUAGGUCGCGAGCUGGGUCUGCCCGCUGAACUGCUGGAACGUCACCCGUUUCCUGGCCCCGGUUUGUCAAUUCGAAUUAUUUGCGCCGAAGAACCGUUCAUGGAAGCUGAUUUCGGUGAGACACAAGUGCUGAUUCGUUUAAUGGUCGAUUAUGCCAACAUGGCAGCCAAGGAACAUGCAUUGCUCAACCGGAUUGAAAUCGCGACGUCGGAAGAAGAGCGUCUACUUCUGGAAGAACUGUCCAGUCGCAACCAGUAUGUUGCCACGCUACUGCCUAUCCGCACUGUCGGUGUUCAGGGAGAUUGUCGAACUUACAGCUAUUGCGUAGCACUGAGCUCUGAUCAGACACAACCAAACUGGAAUGAUCUCGCUACCUACGCACGCUUAAUACCGCGUGUGUGCCAUAAUGUCAAUCGUGUUUGCUACGUAUUCGGAAAAGCUGUGCGGGAAUCGGUGACAGACGUUACCCCUACCUACUUAACCAGUAACAUUUUGGCGACUUUGAGGGAAGUGGAUUAUUUGGCAAAUAAAAUAUUACGAGAUUCGGGUUGCUAUAAGAAACUAGCCCAGAUGCCAAUCGUCUUGAUCCCUCUUCACUUUGAUCGCGAUUCGAGUCAACGCAUUCCAUCAUGCCAGCGAUCAGUCGUUUUUCGACCAUUCAUUUCACAGGAUUUUAUGACUGGACUGCCUGGAAUUCCUGAUACUCAUUUGCCUCAAGAGGUUGUGGACAAGAUGGUCGAAGCCGUCUUAACUGUUCCAGGAAUUUCCAGGGUCUUGUACGACCUGACGGCUAAACCACCCGGGACAACGGAGUGGGAAUGAUUUAAUUUACGAAUGUUGCUUAGGCAAAUGAUCUCCGCACUCUAGGAUACGGAUACGGAGCUGUAUCAUUGACCAGAAUUAGAUGGGAAAUAUUAUGAACAGUGGAUUCAGUAUAGACUUUUGAAAUUGAAAAAUCAAUCAGCUUUGUCGUCGUGUGAAAAUCCCUUAAACUCGCUUUUUAAGAGAAGUUCACGUGAUGACUAGUUGACUAUUCCUUAAAUAUACUGUACAUGCACACUUGUUGGAAAUAAUGGGUGCGUUUGUUUUUCGUCGAACAAAUUAAACAUUGUUAAUGUGGA